AUCGUACCCCCAUACGGCUGCUCUCUUCACGCUGUAACACUGUCGCAUGCAUUAUGGUCCACAGUGAGACGUAGAAGCAGCAGCAUCAGGAGGCCCCGACGGACUCACUCAGCCUUGGGAACGUCGGACACGGGGGAGGCUACUGCGCCACGCCGCGAGUACAGUAGGCAAGGCUAGGCAAGGCAGGGCAGGGCCGGGCCUUCUUCCAAUCUAUUCCUUGACCCACGAGCCGGGCUGCGCUGCAGUUCGCCAUUGGCGAGCGGCCUGAGCUGGACUGCGGGUGACAGUCGGAUCUCGGGGCCCUCCUCCGUUCGCAGUUGGCACUUGCCAGCCGAGGCGAGGUCGUGCGCUGCGCGUCGGCCGUGGUCGAGUUUCUUCAGUCCCGAGUGUGAACACAUCCUUCGACGGCAUACCUGUCUGCCUGGCCGCGAGCGCAUCCCAGCUGCUGCCUGCGGGAGCCGCUAGCACUGUUUGCCAUCAGCGGAUCGCGAUUCGCGAUUGUGGGCUUCGGCGUCGCUGUGCUGCGAUCAGCAGGAGAACGUGAGGACGAGGCAGAGGCCAGGUUGGUGAGCGCAUUGACAGUCUUCAUUAUUCGGAGUCAGACUAGGGCACAUUGCGUUCCACGAUCGCGGUGCGCUGAGGUCGUCAUCGUCGCACUCGCUUGCGCGGAGCUCCGAGUGCAGCCACUGCUGCCCCUCCCCUUCCGAAGCAGUGAGCUGCACCUCGUUCGUCCCGUGCUGUCGGAGCGAUUCUGGUCUUAGGAUCUCGAGCGAUCUCCCCUCCCAGUGCCGAAUGCCUCCGCGCUGCGCUCUUGCUUUUGUCGCGCCUGCUCCGCCCGCCCUCUCUUUCGCCUUUCUGGCCCCGGCGCCAGCGAGUCUUGGGUAGCGCGCAGGGGGCCUCGAAUCCCCGCUUUGCUCCCUCGGAGGGAGAGCUGCGCCUAACGGGCGACAGCGUACGCGGGCAACGGGCAGUUGGGCGGGGGAUCUUCCGGCGCACCGCAGACACGCCGCGACAUUGAUCGGCGUCGACGAGGAGCAGGAUUUCGUUCGGGCAAUUCGUUCGCAUUCCGCUCAAUUUGUUCGAGGAGGGCCGACGAUCUUGCGAGGUCCCGAUCAUGGAUUCUCGAGCUCAGAAUCGGGACGGAGGCGAGGACGUGAAACAGGAGCUGCUCUCGGCUGGGGACGAUGGCAAGGUGCCGUGCCCCACCGUGGCAAUUGGAAUCCGACAGCGGCUCCCGGAUUUUCUGCAGUCGGUGAACAUGAAGUACGUGAAGCUGGGGUACCACUACCUGAUCACGCAUGCCAUGUUCCUGCUCACGCUGCCCGCAUUUUUCCUGGUGGCCGCGGAAAUAGGUCGAUUGGGCCACGAGAGGAUCUACCGCGAGCUCUGGACGCACUUGCAUCUCAAUCUGGUGAGCAUUAUGGCCUGCUCGAGCGCGCUCGUGGCCGGGGCCACCCUCUACUUCAUGUCUCGUCCGCGGCCCGUGUAUCUGGUGGAGUUCGCCUGUUACCGCCCGGACGAGAGGCUGAAAGUGAGCAAGGACUUCUUUCUGGACAUGUCGAGACGCACGGGCCUCUUCUCGUCUUCCAGCAUGGACUUCCAGACGAAGAUUACGCAGCGCUCGGGUUUAGGUGACGAGACUUACCUACCACCGGCCAUCCUGGCCUCGCCGCCCAAUCCCUGCAUGCGCGAGGCUCGCGAGGAGGCGGCGAUGGUCAUGUUCGGAGCUCUGGAUGAGCUCUUCGAGCAAACCGGUGUGAAGCCCAAGGAGAUUGGAGUUCUGGUCGUCAACUGCAGCUUGUUCAAUCCGACCCCGUCGAUGUCGGCGAUGAUCGUCAAUCACUACCACAUGCGCGGGAACAUCAAGUCUUUGAACCUGGGCGGAAUGGGGUGCAGCGCGGGCUUGAUAUCGAUCGACCUGGCCCGGGACCUUCUGCAGGUCCAUGGCAACACCUACGCCGUCGUCGUGAGCACGGAGAACAUCACCCUCAAUUGGUACUUCGGCGACGAUCGCAGCAAGCUCAUGUCCAACUGCAUUUUCCGAAUGGGGGGAGCCGCAGUGCUGCUCUCGAACAAGAGGCGCGAGAGGCGCAGGGCCAAAUAUGAGCUCCUGCACACCGUGCGCACCCACAAGGGCGCCGAUGACAAGUGCUUCCGCUGCGUGUACCAGGAGGAGGAUUCGACCGGCAGCCUCGGCGUGUCUCUGUCCCGGGAGCUCAUGGCUGUGGCCGGAAACGCGCUGAAAGCCAACAUCACCACUCUCGGGCCUCUGGUGCUUCCACUGUCGGAGCAGAUUCUGUUUUUCGCAUCUCUGGUAGCCAGGAAGUUCCUCAAUAUGAAGAUGAAACCUUACAUUCCUGAUUUCAAGCUGGCAUUCGAGCACUUCUGCAUACAUGCCGGGGGCCGAGCGGUGCUGGAUGAGCUGGAGAAGAACCUGGAUCUCACAGAGUGGCACAUGGAGCCCUCCCGAAUGACUCUCUACAGGUUCGGAAACACGUCCAGCAGCUCUCUGUGGUACGAGCUGGCCUACACGGAGGCUCAGGGCAGAGUGAAGCGUGGGGACCGGCUCUGGCAGAUUGCCUUCGGGUCAGGGUUUAAGUGUAACAGCGCUGUGUGGAGGGCUCUCAGAACUGUCAAACCACCCGUCAACAAUGCAUGGUCCGAUGUGAUCGACAGAUUUCCUGUCAAACUUCCUCAAUUCUGAGAUUCAGAGCAAGAACCGAGUCUUGGCUUCGUCGUCAUCGCCAUCGUCGUCAUUUCAUACAUCACCGAAUCGAUUUCUCUGAAUCGUACACGGCGGCCCGCGCAGGGAAUCCGAUACUCUGAAUUAGGUGACACUCUGUUCUUGGAUGUUUACGGAAUCCUCCGAGGAUUUCCUCGUCAAAUGCUGUAUUGCGAUGACAUGCCUCGGGCGUGGAGGAAGGGGAAAGCAGUGUGAGCUUCGUACAUCCAUCUACAACGCGACGCACAGCCGCGUAUCUUAUUUCAUACUGGACACGAGAGAAUGGAUGUGGUGAAGUGUUCACCACAUCCAUUCCCGCUGUCCAUCUUCAAUCCUGCUCACUUUAGAUGUCAUUCAUGAAUAAGUGAAUCUCUCUGUACUAUAUUCGAGUCUGAACCGAAGGUUGAAAGACUCCAAUGAGCACACACACGAUCGUACGCACCGAAUCGCCGUCUUAUAGCGGUGCUAGGCUGCUAUGCUGGUUACCAUUAGCUUCAAAUCGUGAAAUCGGUUAUGGUAGUGCACGUCCGGAGGAUAGUUGUCCUAUGGCUAGUUAGUAGUCGCCUGCUCGCCUAGUGCCGUGCCCCGCUCAAGUGAUUUGCAACUUUUGUCCCAAUUCCAAGUUUGGAUCAUGUUUACAUACACAUUCUUAAUUUGAAUCGAGAGUAUCAAAUUAUGCC